AUGAGGAACCUUCCUGUGCUGCUGUUGCUGUGUGUGGCCGUUUGCUCAGCCCGGCCACUGGAAGGAGCUGCAAGGGACAAAGAUAACAGCAUGGACCUGGUUCAGCACUACCUAGAAAACUACUACAACCUUGCAAAGGAUGUGGAAAAGUUUGUUAGAAGAAAGGACAGUAGCCCGGUUGUUAAAAAAAUCCAAGAAAUGCAGAACUUCCUGGGACUGAAGGUGACGGGGAAGCUGGACUCAGACACACUGGAGGUGAUGCACAAGCCCAGGUGCGGGGUCCCUGAUGUUCGAGAAUUCAGGACCUUUCCUGGCAUGCCAAAGUGGAGGAAAACUCACCUUACCUACAGGAUUGUGAAUUACACACUGGAUUUGCCAAGAGAAGCUAUUGAUUCUGCCUUUGAGAAAGCUCUGAAAGUCUGGGAGGAGGUGACUCCACUGACAUUCUCCAAGAUUUAUGAAGGAGAGGCUGACAUAAUGAUCAGUUUUGCAGUUGGAGCACAUGGAGACUUUUUCUCUUUUGAUGGACCUGGAAAAUCUUUGGCUCAUGCCUUUCCACCUGGGCCAGGAAUGAACGGAGAUGCUCACUUUGAUGAUGAUGAACACUGGACAAAGGAUACAUCAGGGAUCAAUUUAUUCCUCGCUGCUGCUCAUGAACUUGGCCAUUCCCUGGGUCUCGAACACUCAAAGAACCCUGAAGCUUUGAUGUUCCCGGUGUACAACCCACUCACAAACCUGGCCAGGUUCCGCCUCUCUCGGGAUGACGUGGAUGGCAUCCAGUCCCUGUACGGACCCCCCGCUGCUUCCCCCAACGACCCUGUGGUGCCCACAGAGCCCGCGCCUCCUGAGACACCUGCCAUGUGCGAUCCUACUUUGUCCUUCGACGCAGUCAGCACUCUGAGGGGAGAGAUCCUGUUCUUUAAAGACAGGUAUUUUUGGCGCAAACCCCUAAGGACCCUUGAACCUGGGUUUUAUCUGAUCUCUUCAUUUUGGCCGUCUCUUCCUUCUGGAGUGGAUGCUGCCUAUGAAGAUACGACCAAGGAUAUUGUUUUCAUUUUUAAAGGAAAUCAGUUCUGGGCCGUCCGAGGAAGUGAGAUUCAAGCAGGUUACCCUAGAGGCAUCCAAACCCUGGGUUUUCCGCCAACAGUAAGGAAAAUAGAUGCAGCCGUUUUUGAUAAAGAAAAGAGGAAAACAUACUUCUUUGUAGAGGACAAAUACUGGAGAUUUGAUGAGAAGAAACGCUCUAUGGAUCUGGGCUUUCCCAGGCGAAUCGUGGAAGACUUUCCAGGGGUUGGCCCAAAGGUCGAUGCUGUUUUUGAAUCAUUUGGGUUUUUCUAUUUCUUCAGUGGCUCUUCGCAGUUGCAGUUUGACCCAAAUGCAAAGAGAGUGACACAUAUUUUGAAGAGUAACAGCUGGUUUAACUGUUAG